AAGAUGGUGGACAUAAAAACGGAGAAAAUCACGUUUUAAAAUACACGGUGCCGUUCACUGUUGUAGAGUCCAAGAUAAAAUUGUUCAGACACUUGGACACAUACAGAGACGAAAAUUGUCAAACGUGAACGUAGGUGCACAAAAUGAAUAACACUGAACGACUUAAGCACAAAACGACGGCACACACAGAAGCACGAGGCGUUGACUCCGGCGCGCGAAAGUUCACUAAACGUGUACGAGUCCGGGGACCUGCCAAGAGUGUGAAAGCUCGUGUACGCCCCAGCUGAGGUCCCUGACUGUCGACAACGGCGUGACAGACUGGCCAUCCGCGGAACUGUCGGACGCCUUGGCGCGGCUGCUGGGUUCCGGACUGCUGGCGGAGCUGCGCUCGCUGACGGUGGAGGGCGCGAGCAGUCGGGGCGUCGAGAUGGACGGUCCCCUGCUGGCGGCGUGCCGCGGCUGCCCGCACCUGGAGCGGCUGCACCUGCAGUGGACGGAGAGGCUGGGCGCACGCGGCCUCGCGGGGCUGGCCGACCUCGGCGACCUCCGCCGCCUGCGCGUCAGCUCCGUCGCGACGCUGCCCGCCGUCGACUUCCUCCCGGUCGGCCUCGAGGAGCUCGAGCUGUCCCGCUGUCACGGCGUGCGACUGGACGGCCUCGCCGCGGGACCCGCCCUGCGCAGGCUGGUGCUGGACGGCUGCGCCCUGGAGGGGGAGCGCCUGGCCGGGGCGGCGUGGCGGCUCGCCUCGCUGGAGGAAGCGAACCUCGCGGGCAAUCGGCGCCUCCGCGACCUCUCCUUCCUCCGUCCCUGGGUGCGCCUCCGCACUCUCAAUCUCGCGGACUGUGACAGCUUCGACGGGGAUACCUUCGGCACCCUCGGGUUCCUCGGGCAGCUCCGGUCUCUGAAUCUUUGCAGGUGCGACCUGCGCAACGUCUCGCUGGACGCUGUGCUGGGGUCACUGCCGCAGUUGGAGGAGCUCGUCCUGUCGGGGACGUCGGUCGUGGGGGGCCAGUCGUGUGCCGCCAGCCUGCCGCCCGGCCUGGCCGAGCUGCACCUGUCGUGGUGCGCGUGGGUGGACGCGGCAGUCGUGCGGGAGCUGCGGCACCUGGGGCGGCUGCGUGCCCUGCGCCUCUCGCGUUGCGGCGGUGUAGUCGGCUGGCAGCAGCUGGCCGCGGACCUGCUGCCGCACCUCCCCGCUCUCGAGCGACUCGACGUGUCGGGCUUGGGCGGCAGUACGGGGGACGGCGUGCGCGACCUGUCGUUCCUGCGGCACUGCCCGCAGCUGCGCACCCUGGACGUGGGCGAGAAUGCCGGCCUGCCGCCCGCCGCCUACUCCGACCUGCGGCACGCGUCCGGCCUCCGGCACCUCGACCUGCACGGGUCCGACUUGGAGGGUGUGCCGCUGCAGGAGACGGUGGGACGGCUGUCUGAACUCGAGACACUCACCGUUUACGGGUGCCGGGGUGUCGGACAGGAGGAACUGCAACGGCUCACCACAUUCCUGCCGAAACUUAUAAUAAAGGGCAAGGUGCGGCCAUGAUAUGUGCCUUCGCGUCGAAUGUCGUGUGCACUCGCGUGGCCAAAGAAAAUUUGCUCCUUUACAUCCUGUAUGCAUUUGUGUCAAAAUGUCACGUUAUGUAAUUGAUGUAAUAUCACGGAUGCAAAGGUAUUGGGAACAAUACUGAAAUACUAUUUAUUCUUAUCAUAAGGCGAAUUUCAAAGCUAUCUUCAGACUAUACGCAGAUAGCAAACAUUUAAAGAUAUUACACAACAAAUAAAAGCAAACAAACUAAACCCAACAGAAUAUUUGUUGCCCAGUAACAAACUGAUAAGAAAAGAAGUUCUUUUCCCUUUGUGAAAAAGUACCUACUACAUAAUAAAAAGGAGGUAUCUUCUGGUUGCUGUUGUGAAAUGGAAAUGCUUCAUGUACUGUGACAGUUAUUUACGAACUAAACUAUGGUGACAUCUUCAGGAGUAACUACAGCUGCCACCGGCCCAACAUUUACAUGCUGCCUCUCCAUUUGAAGUUGAUUAACUGAUUGCUCUGAACUUUGGAGUAUUAUUUAUAAGUACAUUGUUUUGCUAUGAC